CAACUAUGGGAACCGAGAAAGCGAAAGUUGGGUUCGCGUUGGGUUGGCCAGCGGCAGUUGCAGUGAGUUCCUGUGCUCUUAAAGGCUCCCGGCGGCAGCAAUGCAUUUCCCAACACGGACAUGGUGCUCGUUUCACAGCCUCGUCCUUGCCUUUCUGCUGCCUUCUUAUCUCAGUAUGGUCCGGCUCCUUCGCUUUAAAUGAACGAAUUGUUGUGCUCGAAGUUCGCUACUUUUCGCUACGGUGUCGUUCCGAAAUAAUUGAGUUGAAAACCGAUCUGUUCUAGGCAGUUGGGAUUUCUGCUUUUGCCGAUUCAGAAGAGACUUAUCGUCCCGGUGGUGCGCGUUUAAGUGCGUAUAAAGAGCCCAGUUUCUUUAUUUGACUUAUUCGCGUCGGCUGCUGUGCGGCGGACUCGCUUUUAUUUUUAAGCUUAUUUUUUUAGAUUGUCAAAGUGACACAAUGUUCCUUCUUCGGCUACUUUAUAUACAUCUGUUCGUGCUAUAAGUUAAGGUAAAAUAUAUUUUUUGUACUGGCGUCGCUGACCAUAACAUAUGGCAUAAAGAGCAGCACAGCUGGAGGUACCGUUUCCAUUGCAGUGAUGUCAGAGCAGCUGACUCCACAGCUUGCAGUGUAAUUAGCAAACAGAGCAGCAGUUUACUCACUCUCUCCUCUGGCGUUUUCUUAACCUUGCCCCCGAUGGGCGACUGGUAGUUUUCUAUUCCAAGCUCUGCCUUUCUAUCAUUUCAGUUGUUUGUGUGCAUAUGUGGGAACAGUUGUACAUGAUUGUGCAUUGUGUGACGAGCAGUUAGUUUAAAGACAGAUCGUGAUGUUUUAAACGCAGAAACGUGCGUGUGGCGCUGAUCGGAUGGUCCAUCCGUUUGUAGGAGAAGCGCACAAAGUAUAGGAGGGCUCACCCACCGGGAUGCUUUUUGGAAUAUUUGGAAACGGAACUGGUGACAGAAUGAUACAAGGUCAGACGAGCGAAUAUUAUAGUUAUGAAGGUAGAAUGGAGUUCCCACACCAUAGCCGCCAGUUGCUGCAGUGUCUGAGUCAGCAGCGUCACCAAGGUUUCCUCUGUGACUGCACUGUUCUCGUCGGGGAGGCUCGAUUCAAAGCGCACAGGGCCGUGCUGGCCUCAUGCAGCAUGUACUUCCACCUCUUCUACAGGGACCAGCUAGACAAAAGGGACGUUGUGCAUCUGAACAGUGACAUUGUGACAGCGCCGGCUUUCAGCCUGCUCCUUGAAUUUAUGUAUGAGGGGAAGCUGGAAUUCAGCACUCUGCCCGUGGAGGACGUGCUGGCCGCCGCGAGCUACCUCCACAUGUACGACAUCGUCAAAGUGUGCAAGGGCAAGCUGAAAGAUAAAGAAGUGUCCCCGCUGGAUGAGAGGACGGCCGAGGGCCCUGGCCUGCGCCUGGCGCUGGGCGGCGCGGGGGACAGGGAGAGCUCCUCGGACGGGGAGCAGGCCGGCAAGCAGCUUGUCCGGCGACAGCCCCCCGCGCCGGCCCCCGGCCAUCACAGGCCUCCCCCCGCCGCGGACUCUGACACGGACAGCAAAGUGGGGCUGGCUGUCACCCUGUGUGAUCGCCCUGUGCAGAGCAGGCAGAAGGCCAACGGUCAGUCCGGCCGGUCCCCGGACCUUGUAGGUGUCAAUUAUGUGUCGGCCGAGGCCGAGGCCUGUGUCCAAACAGCUGGAAAAACAAAAGCUGAUGUCAGUAGCCGCGCCGUAUCCCUGUCCCAGAGGUCCCUGGCUUCGGAUGACAUGGACUGCGCGCUGGAUUUGUCUUUCAAGCCACCGUCUAGCAGAGAUCCCUUCCACCCCUCCUACGUCGCGGGACAGCUGGCCCUCGACAGCCAGCAGCAGGGCACUGAGCCACUUGUUAAAGACGAACACGACUUGCUGUCAGAGCAGGAGGACAGUGAGCCGGUGAGCCCGGAGAGCCAGCGCUUUGGGAAUAGUGCCAGGAGCUCGGUGGUGACAGGGUUCGCUGCCCUCUUCCCGGGCAACAACGGCUCCACAGCCGCCCUGCUCUCCCGGGGGGAGGACCUGAUGAUGGGGGAGGAGGAGGAGGAGGACGAGGAGGAGGAGGGGGGGGGGAGACGGGGGCGCCGCCGCCCCCCCGGCCACCACCACCACCAACAACACCACCACCACCACCGCGGGGGCAGGGAGGGCGCCCCCGGCCGGGAGGGGGAGGGGAGGGGGAGGGGCGCGCUGCUGGCAGGGGACAGCGAGGAGGAGGAGGAGGACGAGGACCUGGCCUCCUCGGACAUCUCCACGUCCAGCGGCGUGCUGCUGCUGCCCCCGGCGGCAGCGGCGGCGGCGGCCGGCCAGCAGGUCUGCGUGUGCCCUCUGUGCAGCAAGGUGUUCGCCAGCCCCCACGUGCUGCAGCUGCACCUCAGCUCGCACUUCCGCGAGAAGGACGGCACGCGGGCCAAGCUGUCGCCCGACGGCUCGGUGCCCACCUGCUCGCAGUGCGGCAAGACCUUCUCCUGCAUGUACACGCUGAAGCGCCACGAGCGCACACACUCGGGCGAGAAGCCGUACACGUGCGGCCAGUGCGGCAAGAGCUUCCAGUACUCUCACAACCUGAGCCGCCACGCGGUGGUGCACACGCGGGAGAAGCCGCACGCGUGCAAGUGGUGCGAGCGGCGCUUCACGCAGUCGGGGGACCUCUACCGCCACAUCAGGAAGUUCCACUGCGUCCUCACCAAGACCCUAUCGACUAUCGGAUAAAAACUAAACAAACUCACAGACAGAGAAACACUCUUCACUGGUGCCAUGGCAGGAGAGACACACCAGGAUGUGUCUCUUCUUGCACUGCUUACUACUACUACUACUACUACUACUACUAUUACUACUAUGACUACUACUACUGAUUUAUGUUUUAUUUGUUUUCUUUCUUUCGUGUGAACACACUGGGAAUUUGCUGGAGUCGAUGCGUGCGUUUUUGGAAUUCUACCCCUCAUCCGCCCACGAGGCGUUUCUCAAGCUAAAAGAGUUGUAACAAAUUUCAAACUGGAGCUAAUAUAAUAUAUUCUGGUAGCGAGCCAUGUUAUAGGCAUGCAUGAUGUCCGGAGGCAGGGCAGGUUGGAGACUAACCUCCCCAUUAUGUGUGCGCUGCUGAGGGAAGUCCAUCUGGAUCCUUUUGGGAGGGUGAACAAACAGGACGAUGCACUUGUUUUCUCCGUGUCUUAUGAGUGUCAAUCUGUUGCGUUUUUAGGCGGUGCUACGGAGAGAAAAAGGCCUUUUGCGUGCGUCUGCUGAGCGGAGGAACAAUAGUCCAUGCUGAAGUGAUGUUAGAGCAAUCAUUUGAGAGAACGAUGAGCGUUUCAACGUACACACAGAGGAGCAGUACUGUAAAUCAGUGGCAAUAUCUUCUUUUCUUUUGCCUCCUACUUUAUUAUUUAUUUAUAGUAUAAUACUUGUCUAAAUUAUCACGAGGCAACGUAAACAGAUGAGGUUUGAUUAUCAAGAGGAAGUGUUGAUUAUUUUAUUUUUUUCAUAGAGGCAGUGCAUUGCUUCUCAGUUGACAUGAAGGUUUUUUUAAUGAAGAAAAACACACCACCAUACUUGAAUGUUAUCUCAGUCUGGAUCAUUAAUAUACAAAAAUGUAUGUUUUGUCUUUACCAGAUUUAUGUUGUUGUGUCACGUAAACACACAUUGAAGGAAGCUCGCCUUUCAGAGAUGAGCAUGUAGAUAAUGGAUUACCGCAGUUUAAGCUGCAAUAUUGGUGCCUCCUGAAACUUUUUCUUUACCCAGUGUACUUAAAAUAAACCCACAUCAAUUGGACCUACAUGUUUGAUUUGAAAAUGCUAACGUAUCUUAAUGCCAGGAGGUAAUGUUGGUAGUUGGCAGUAAUCUCUCUUGUUACCUGGUAUUAACAGCAUGUUAAAUGGUGCACACGCUAAUGGACAGUGUGAAGGACACACUGGGAAGAGGCGCGAGUGUGAAUGUCGACAUACGAUUCUUGUUUUAAUAAUGGAUUGGUUACCAUCUUUGUAACCAGCCUCUGCUCUUUUGCCUACUGCUGGAUCUACUAACUUGUUCGUACUUUCUUUCUUUUUUUUUUACAUGCACAUGAUAUCAUGUCCCCUUCCUGUCUGCGUCUAAGAUACUACUGAUAAUAUUCAAGCUCUCACUUUGGGAAGAAUUUACCUUGAACUUUUGGAAGAAGACAGUGCAGUUUUGUUUAGUUAAACAUCUUUUUUGUUUUGACUGUUAGGGGUUCACUUUAGAUUCUAUAUUACUUCUUGCCUGCAAGUAGCACUAAACGUUGAUGAUAUUCAUUUCAUCCUACCUGAGAAGACUUGAUGAUAAUUAUUUAUUAGUUGGACUUGGUUCAGGGUUUAUUAAACGUAUAAUCUGAUUUCUAUAAGCUUGAAAGACAUUUCUUGGUACUUCUAUUGAAUUUGUGGGCUGUCCGACCUUCCAUUGAGCAAAUAGUGACUAAUAGUUUUAUUUUAUUUCCAUCCACCACACACAAAACUUAAGUAUUGAAAAUGUGUCACUGAUCUUAGAGAGGCACUUGUUUUUAGCAUCCAUGUAGUUUCAACACUAUUGUCUAGGCUGCUAUUUCUUACUCUUUGUAUAUUUAAUGUAAAUAUAUAGAAAUAUUUAUCAAACUUUGAUUGUGUGUUCCAUGUUGGCCUGCUGGGGCGGAGGAAGCCAGGGGUCGUACUGUGGCUGCUGUCACUCCUUGGCUUCCAAGUUGUGUCUUCCCCGGAGGGUUUUGACCUUUUCCUUUUAUCUCCCCCCCGUACUCCGGUCUCCGUACCAGAGGCGUUUGUGCCCUCGCUGUUUUAACCCGAGAAAACGUUUGUUUUCACAAGCACUGGCACAACGGAUACAGAGUAAGACUACCUAUAGAAGUAAGACAAUAUCGCCAUUGUCCCCCCCCCCCCCCCCCCCCUAUAUCCCAGGUAGUUCUCAAGGAAACAUUGUGGGGCUCUGUUCCUGCUGAGGGGUGGCGGUGGUGGAGGGAGACAGCCCGCCAGGGCUCUCUUUGCACUUUUCUGUAUUAAAUGGAGCCUUUGGAAUGCGAGGAAGGCAUUCAGCAGAGGCAGAGUGAGGGGAGACUGUAAACAGGUGCAUUGUGGGGCUGCAUCAAGGAGGAGCUGGCUGUCCCAGCAUGCAGUAGAUAAGUGCUCCAUUGUUCUUGCAUGUAGGGGAUGAUACCAUGGCAACUUGAUUGCACAUCUAUCAGGAGAAUUAUCUUAAUUGUCCUUAGUAUUGCUUUUCGAGUCGUCCUCAUAUGGCAAACAUGACCCAUAAGAAACUGCGAUGGCUUAAGGAAGUUAAUGACCUUGUCAACAUUGGUCUAGCCCUACACGACUUGGGUUUUAGGGUUUUCUAUGUUUAUUAAUAAAAACUUUGUGUGGUCUUCUGUUAGAAGUUCAAGUCAAUGCAGGAGUUAAACUCUUGGAAGAUUAAAUGCAAUUUAUUCACUCCGUUCCAUAAUCGGUAAUCUGUAAUGGCAACUCAUGGAAUGGUUUGGUUGUGAUUUUUUUGGGGGGUUGAUUUGGAUUACUGUCUUUAGUUUUUUUACUUUAAAAGCAUGACUUUGAUUGGUCAACUAUAGGCUUCUUAAAAUCCUUGGUGCAGAAAAACAACUUUAAAUAGUCAAUUCCACACACACACACACACACACACACACACACACACACACACACAGUUGAUUUAACUUUCCGCCUGCAGCGCAAAUCGAACAUGGUGCAGUUUAACUCUGAUGUACACGUGUACAAAUGUAGAAAGUAAACUAACAAUGUAUAAAGACAUGUUUUGUGUUUAUUUUGUUUUUCAGUCCUUUCAUUUGUAACUCCAGGAAGAUCACAGAAUGUGCCUUGUAGACACACUGCAGUGUGUUGUAUCUGGAGAGGAGUCCCCCUUUAUACACUGUACUGUCUGCCCUAGACUCCAGUCAAAAUGUUAAUUUCACUUGUUCGUUUCAAACUGUCUAUAUAAAUAUAUAUAUAGAUGUAUCAAAAAAAAUGAAGUCUUUUUUUAAAUUAUUUCUUCUGGCUGCUUUUGGAGAUUAGAAUGAGAUAUUGAGUUUACCACUGUGUUAAUAAAUAUGUUCUUGGUGUGUAAACACUGGGGACAUGCACUCUGUUAGGCUUAUAUUAGCCACGAUUGUUAGGAGCUAACAAAAGUCUUGUUUAUUUUAUUUGAUGCAUUUUUUGAAUGUGAAACACCGAACUCUCCCAAUUUGUACAAAAACACAUAGCAUUUCUCUGAACUGGGGCUGUUUUUUUAUUAUUUUGUGCUUAACUCCUGCUGUAUGUUUGGUAGACUUUCACUGAUACUGGAAUGUUUCUCUUUUUACAGGUUCCAACUGUGAAAUUGUGUAUAAUCAUGAGAAAUAUUUAUGACCGCAUUGCCAUCUUGUGCAACCUUUGACUCAAAACAGAGCAUCUACAUGUCAAUGAACGUCUUUUUAAUUACAUUUGUAGAAGUGCCAUUAGAAGUUAAUAUAUUUUUUUUUUAAUAAGAAAAGUAUAUUUUAUAGUAAUCAAAAGCUUGAUUAUUAGUGGUCUAGAGAUUAGAGGACAAUCUUAAGAAGAAUUGACAUUGCUUAGUUUUCGAGGCAAUUUACUUCGAUCUGUAAUAUGUAUCUGCUGUUUUUCUUUUGUUUGCGCUUUUCAAGUGUGCUUGUGUGUCUGCUGUGAAAAUGUGACAAUCUUGAUUUAGUUCUUUAUUACAAUAUGCAUAGAUUAAAUGAAAAGACUUUC